AACAAGUUUCGCAAACACAAACAUAUAUACAAUUCAAUCCACCUACGUACAUUACUUUGAUCAGCAUUUGCACGGCCAACUCAAUUCGGUUUCCGCCACAGCAAAUGGACACGGUGGAGAAGUUGACGGCGGACAAGCCCGUGGUGAUAUUCAGCAAGAGCACUUGCUGCAUGUGUCACACCAUCAAAACACUGAUAUCCAGCUUUGGUGCAAACCCCACCGUUUACGAGCUGGAUGAACUGCCGGACGGGCAGCAGGUGGAGAAGGCCCUCAUGGCCGACUCAGGGCGGAGGCUGAGCUUUCCGGUCGUUUUCAUCGGCCAAGAAUUGGUUGGAGGUGACAAUGAGGUCAUGAGCCUUCAUGUCAAAGGCAAGCUAGUCCCACUGCUCAAGAAGGCUAAAGCUAUCUGGAUAUAAAUAGGAUUUCAUGAAUAUAUAUACUUAUAGUUAAGUAAUUCCACUGAACUAAUUAUUAA